UCCAUCACUGAAGUAGCCUACAGCUGCAGGAUGGGAACUGCUGUUUUUCAGGCAGCAGUAGAAUGUUGGAUGUUAGAAUGUUACAUUAGCUUUCCUUUUAACUGGCCGUCAGCGAAAUAAAGCAGACUGAUUUUCCAAAGCAGUAAUGAUGAAAAAGAAAAUGAGAAACGUUUUACCCUGCUCCUGUGUAAAUGUGCAAAAAGCUGCCUGGAAGUAGCCUUUUACGAAGAUGAAUGACGGCGCCUUUGAGUAGCGCUGUCAAAAGCUAUUUUCGCGGCAUAAGAUAUUUUUGUCAUUCUGUCAAAAAUGUACUUUGCGGUAAAUCCUCAGAGGUGACUUUCAACUUUUUCGGCAUACGUGAGCAUACGCCAUCUGUGCCAAAAGACAGAUCCUAUUGCGAUCAUCCUGGAGCAGCUUCGCGAAGACAACAACUUAAACUACUGUGUGUUAGCGUACACUGGAUUUGAAGCUAACAAUGAAGGUAUCAAGCUUCUUGCAGACCUGCACAUUAAUCCUGGUGUCACACGGACAGACAAUUCCAGAUGAGAAAGUGAAAACCGUCUCUAGCCGAAGUGUUAACCCUUGCUGCUUCUAUCCAUGCCAGCAUAUUGGAAUCUGUGUGAGAUCUGGGAUGGACGGUUAUGAAUGUGAUUGUACCCGUACCGGUUACUAUGGAGAGAACUGCACUAUUCCGGAGUUUUGGACCAGAGUUCGUGAGCACCUGAAGCCCAAGCCGGACCUCCUCCACUACAUCCUCACACACUUCCACUGGCUGUGGGACAUCAUCAACGCAACCCGCCUGCGGGACUGGCUCAUGCGGAUCGUCUUGACAGCAAGAUCCGAUCUCAUCCCGAGUCCUCCGACAUACAACUCUAAGUAUGGGUAUCUGAACUGGGAGUCUUACUACAAUACCACGUACUACACCCGGAUCCUUCCGCCGGUGCCCGAGGACUGCCCGACGCCUAUGGGGGUUAAAGGUAAAACUAAACUUCCAGACGUGGAGUUGUUGGUGCAGAGGUUUAUGGUUCGGCAGACGUUUAAACCCGACCCUCAGGGAACCAAUCUUAUGUUUGCCUUCUUUGCUCAACAUUUUACGCAUCAGUUCUUCAAAACCCACAACAGAAUGGGAUUGGGAUUCACCAAAGCGUUAGGUCAUGGGGUAGAUGCAGGACACAUAUAUGGGGAUAAUCUGGUACGGCAGCUGAAUCUGAGACUUCUCAAAGAUGGAAAGCUGAAAUACCAACUGCUGAAUGGCGAGAUGUACCCGCCGACAGAGGCCGAGGCGAAGGUUAACAUGAGCUACCCACCCACAGUGCCCCCGGAGCACAGACUGGCGAUCGGGCAGGAGGUGUUUGGGCUCCUGCCUGGGCUCAGUAUGUAUGCCACCCUAUGGCUGCGCGAGCACAACCGCAUCUGUGACAUCCUGCUCCGAGAACACCCCACCUGGGACGACGAACAACUCUUCCAGACCGCCCGGCUCAUCGUUAUUGGUGAGACCAUCAGGAUUGUGAUUGAAGACUAUGUCCAGCACCUGAGUGGGUAUCUGCUGGACCUGAAGUUUGACCCAGAACUUCUGUUCAAUUCCCGGUUCCAGUACCAGAACCGCAUCUCGUUGGAGUUCAACCACCUCUACCACUGGCACCCUCUCAUGCCAGACAGCUUCCACAUCGACGGCGACGAGAUCCAAUACUCCCAGUUCAUCUUUAAUACGUCCAUUCUGACCCACUACGGAGUGGAGACACUUGUUGAGGCAUUCUCUAAGCAGCACGCUGGACAGGUAGGUGGUGGUAAAAAUAUUCACCCAGUCAUAAUCAAGGUGACAGCGGGGGUCAUUCGGGAAUCGAGACAACUCCGUGUGCAACCCUUCAACGAGUACCGCAAACGUUUUAACCUGGAGCCAUAUGCAUCAUUCUUUGAGUUAACUGAAAAUGCUGAGAUUGCACGUGAGCUGGAGGAACUGUACGGGGACAUCGAUGCUCUCGAGUUCUACCCUGGUCUGCUGCUGGAGAAGACUCGGCCCGGGGCCAUAUUUGGCGAGAGCAUGGUGGAGAUGGGGGCUCCGUUCUCUUUGAAAGGUCUUUUGGGGAAUCCCAUCUGUUCCCCCGAGUAUUGGAAACCCAGCACAUUCGGUGGGCAGACAGGUUUUAACCUCGUCAAUUCUGCCUCACUCGAAAGACUCGUAUGUCUGAACACGAAGCGGUGUCCAUAUGUAGCUUUCAAAGUCCCUUCUCAAUCACACACUGACAAGUCGGAGCUGUAGUAGGUAAUACAUAUACAGUGCUGUAAAGACAAUCACUUUAUCAACACAUAAAACACACCAUCAUGUUUUUAGUAUCUAGUAGUUUAGACAAAAAUCCAAUUUCGGUCAAAGAACAAUAUUUUUUUCUUGAUUUUGAUUUCCUUUCUUAUCUUCAUUAAAUGUACUAAAUGUACCUGCGAGGGGUGUGAUAAUGAUUGGCCAGUCUUGUGCCUUGCUGUUCAACUAGGCACUCGUUUACAUGUAGGCCUACAAGUACAUGUUCACCCUUAAAGAGGAUUAAAAGGGCCAUAUUUCAAAAUAUAUGUCAAUAAAUUCAAUCAAUUCAAUCAAUAAAUAAUUACAUAAA